UUGACAUUCGUGGUGAAGUUGGUAUUCUGGGAAGUGAUUAACGAACCACCAAAAGACAUUUUCAUACUUGGACCAUGAAAAAAAAAUCCUUAAAAUAUAUAACCUAAAAGAAAGGAUGCGACACAGACUGAAAGUUACUUACAGGAGCCCAAGCUGGUAUUAACAUAUAAUACUUUGUUAAAACAAAACAACAACAAAAAACAUAGAACUAAACAGCAAAAAAAAUAAAAACAAAAAAUACAAUUAAGAGCAAUUUAGGAUGAAAAAAAUGAGCUGAGAUAAGGACAGAGUAUUAAUGCUCGUCAUGUUUUGAGUGUCAGUACCGGUCGCACUCCGAGGGGGCGGUGUGGAGUGCACACGUAUUUGACUCUGCUAAAACAAACAGAAGGGGGUGAAGAAGAGCGAAAACGGAGCGGAGGAUAAAAAGAGGAGAGCUGGGUCUGUUGUGAAGGUUAAAACUGUCAGGAAUAAACAAAAAGAGUGAUCCAGCAGCAUGCUGAGGGCCUGUCUGAGAGGAGCUAACGCCACAGCUCGGGUAAGUCAUUGCUUGUCAUUCAACUAAGCGAACUAACCCCUCCCUCACUGCGGAGAGCUAGUUAGCAUGUUAGCGAUAGCGUGCUGUCAUUCAGUGACCCGCACUCCGUCUCAAGGUGCCACACAGGAGGAGUUUAUAGAGACAAGGACGCGCUCUUAACCCUUUAAAGCGGGUUAACGUUACAUUAAAGAGGCUAAAUCCGCUCUUUAUUUCGAUUGUGUGUUGAACAGAAGUUAAUGACAGUGUUAGCUUCAAGUGACAGAUGGCUAACUGAGGCUAACUGCAGAGCUGACUGUCAAUGGGAGGUCAGAGAAAUGCUUACCUGUCUGUCUACAGACACACCCAGCACUCGUUUUAGUUUAGUUAUAAAGAUAUAUUAUUUCAAAUAGUGUGAAAAAAAUGCUUGAUUAUUGAUGUCUCUUUGGACAGAUUUUAAACGCCUAGUUUUAGUAACAAUUGAACAAACGAAUAAAAAGCAGAAGAGUGAACACUUAAAUCCAGACCACAGAAUCCACUUUUAGCUUUUAUGUUUAAAUUCUGCACAGGAUUAAGGAUGAAUCAAAAACUCAGUAUAAAAAAAGAGAACUAAAAACCAGUUUAAUACUCACUGGAACAUGAUGUACCCGAUGUAAAGCGCAUACAUUUCUCUGUCACACAUGUAUAAAUCAACUCAUGUUUAUGAAGGAUCCACCUCUCUGAUUAAAACUCAUCUGAGCAUGUUGUACCUGGUUUAAAGGAAACUUAAACAUGUUUGCUGAUGUGACAGCUCCCUCAGAGCUUUUGGUCUCAGUUUUGGUCAUCAUUUGUCUUAAACUAAGGAUGCCUGACAAUACCGACAUAAUACUGGUACACAGUGUCAGAUAGGGCUGGGCGAUAAAACGAUAUGUAUCAAAAAUUAAUUUCCCUCUAUCGAUAUAAAACAACAUAAAACAUAUAAAACAGUCAAUAUGCUAGUCAGCAUUCCAACAUGUUUUGGUAGACUGUGCGAAUAGACCAGGGGUGGGCAAUCAUGUGCCAUGGAGGGCCGAGAGGCUGCAGGUUUUCUGUCCAACCCAAAACUCCACCAGGUGAUUUCACUGAUUACCUUACCUCCAAGCAGAGAGCAGGGACUAAUCAGUGAAAUCACCUGGUGGAGUUUCGGGUUGGACAGAAAACCUGCAGCACUCCAUGGCACAUGAUUGCCCACCCCUGGAAUAGUCAAUGAAAAGGGGAGUUUUUCCGGGUCCGCUUUGUGUUGAACCAAUCGUUCUGAAUUCGAACUAAUUAGCAAGCAGCUGUGUAGUGGCAGGCUGCAGCUACACGCAACCAUGGCACUUUAACACGGGAAGCCAACAGCACUGUUGGUGAGAGAAAGAGAAAAUGAGUGCUACCCACGGCAGAAAUGCAGAUGAAGGCUCAAUAGAUGAUGACACUGGCACGAAAAUGUCAGUGGUGUGGAGGUAUUUUGGGUUUUUGAGGUCGGACAUGAAGCAGAGUAAUGUGCACUGCAAAUUAUGAUGAGUUCAUAUUCUUGCAAAGUCGGGGAAUACCUCAAAUCUUUUUCACCACCCGCUGGAGCAAGGAGCCCAUGGCGCCUGUGCAGCGGAAACAGCCAACCAUUCAGUCCGCUCUCUCUAGCGCAACGCCUUACGACAAAAUGUCAAAGAGACACAAAGACCUCACAGAUGCAGUAGCUUAUUGUAUUGCAAAAGACAUGCUACCAAUAAGCAUUGUUACAUUUCAUUUUGUGAUAUCGUGAUACUGUUAUCGACUGAUAUGAAAAAAAGUAUUGUGAUGAACUUUUUCCCAUAUCGCCCAGCCCUAGUGUCAGAUAUCUCUGGUGAUGGGAACUCCAGAUCAUUUGUAGCAGCAAGAACCUGCUCUUUCAGCUCAUAUACUUCUCUUUUAUUGUCGUAUAUUGUUCAUGUAAAAGUGCAUGAAUUGUUCCAACACAUGAUCAUUCGAUCCUCCCCAGCUCAGAGUAGAUGUCUGCUGCAACAGGGCUGUGUGUCUGCAGUGAAGUCAUGUAAUGUGAAAAUUAGGAGGUUCGAGAAAAAUGUGUUUGAUCAAUGAUCAUAAGUUCAAAAAGAGGAAAACGCAUGGCUGUUUCGGUCAGACUCAUUUAUUCAUUCAUUCAUCUCUCCCAUUCAUCCACCUGACAGCAGAGACUCGCUCACUGCUUUUCUGAACAGGGAAAGAAUUUAUCAAGACACGUGAAACACUGAGGUCUGAUGCAAACGCACAGAUACACACAGGCACAUACAGGUAGAUAAUAGUGGAAGUUUCAGGUCCAGCACAAACACCAAAUAAGCCUGCUGUCUGCCUGCCUGCCUGUCUGUCCCUAACAAUAAUAAUCUCUUAUUUUCUUUCUGCAGACGAACUUAAGAGGGACUCGUCCAAACAACCUGCAGCAGUGCAGACACUACACAGCAGGAGAGUCCAGGUGACAUGCACAUACUCACGCACACACACAUGCACACACCCAGAUAACAUGACUGCAGACAUUAUGACAUACUAAUCUACCUCACUCCUCCUCCUCCUCCUCCUCCUCCUCCUCAGUGGUGGAGCUGCUAAGGUGGUGGUUGCUGGUCUGUUGACCGUGGGCGGAGGUGUCGGAGGGACAAUUAUCUACGCCAAGUGGGACCACAAGUUCAGAGCUGCUGUUGAGAAAAAUGUCCCGUACUCAGACCGGCUGCUGGGUCUGGCUUGGGGACCUCUCCCUCAAGAUGGCCGCCCUUCAGUCCAAAAACAGGUGAGGGUGUUGUGUUUCGAUUUUUCUAGUUCUGUAGGACAGAAAAAAGAUGGGACUGAUCGUAGAGCAGAGGUCAAAAGUUCUGGCACAACUUCACCAACUUCAACCAAGGUGCUCUAAGAGAUCAGAACAGCUCCAGCAAGAGUUGAAGUUCAGGAAACAACUUUAUUAGGCAGAUGCAUUUCUGCAACCAGGAGAGAGCAGAAGGUGACCUGUGAGGAAAGGGCUGCAGGCUUUAACUGGACUGGGUUUGUCAACUUUAGGACAAUAAUCUUGGAACAGAAGGCGCUCAACCACUAAACCAUAGUGGUGCUCCAGCACACCUGUACUCUAAUGUUGUUACUUUCACUUACGGAUUUCCAGGGUUACUUUGUAUUUGUGCACAAAAAGCUGCUCUUUCUUCUGGUGCAUUUUCACCACGUGGUUUGGCAAGUACAGUUUGGUAUGGUAAACCCAGAUCUUGCUUGUAUUAUCUCAGACUGAAACUUGACGUGGGUUGGCUGGCAUUCAGACUGCUGGUGAGAAUGCCUGACAGACUGAGCAGCUCCUGCCCUGUUUGUUUCACAGGCCAAAUAUCUAAAAGGACAGAAGCCUCACCUAUCUUUCCACCGAGCCUUGUCUGAAAUAAACAGAAAACUGAUAAGCUGAGGGCUGUAGCGGCUCCUUACCAGUCCUGUAUUUAUGUCACAUACCUCAAAGUAUGAGGUUAACGGGCAGUUAGUACAAGAAGUGACUUGCACAGCUCUUCAUUUAAGUCUACAUUGAACUUGAGCCUGAAAGAAGUUGUCAUGAUAGCGAGCAAGCUAUAUUGAAUAUGUAGUGAUAGGCGGCAGGAAAUAUAGCUCCUUCUGUGAUCUGCCCCUCGCUUUCCAUCUAACUCCCCUUCUCUGCUCAGCUGCUGUGGCUGAAGUUUCUGAAGAGACAGACGACACCUGUUUAACAUCUGAACUCCGCCUUUUCAAUGAAUAAAUACAUACGUUUAACAGAGUAUUAAUUCAUUAAGGGACAUCAUUUUAGUGAUUAAACAACACCAGAUUAGGAAAGAUAUCAUCCAGUAUGAUCUCUCCUUCCCCCUAUAUUCACUCGUUCAGCUGAUUGCAGUGUGUGAAGCUCUGCCCUUUAGGGUUUGAAAGGUUCACUUGGCCCCUCGACGGAGGUGUGCCAAAUAAGUAGGAUGUUACAGACAGGUUAUUUUUUUUUUUACCUGUCCUAACUUUGGGCAUUGGAAACACAAAUAAUUGCCUACCGAGCUUGACCAAGUGGUGCUGAACAGAACCGCUUGGUGGAAACAGAGCUUUUUCUGGCUGCCACUAAAGUUCAGCUUGGCUCUGCACAGAUAAAUAUUUGAUGACAGCCGUUACCGACUCUGUCCUUAGAUUUAUUUUAUUAACAUUGAUUGAACACGCUGCACUUGCUCGGACAGAUCAUCUGCAGUAAAUUGUAACAUUCAGCUAACAGCUGAUCAUCUACAGCCAGCUGUCUCACACUUUGAUUAAAAUAACAUCACAUGUUAUCAGCUGGUACUGAGGGAUACUGUUCACAGACUGAAGUAAAACCUGUCUGUUGUCGGCUGUCUGUCCUCUGACAAAGGUUGUUUAUGAGCUGAAAGAAGCGUCACUCUGGUACAGAGGUGUUAUUGUGUAGUCUCCAUCAGAGUAAGAGUUCUCUUUUUAGCUGCCCUGCAUGCUUCAUCUUAAACUUCAUCUCAUGUCAGUGAUUUCCAUUAAUCUGCUUCAUAGUUAUGAAAUGGGAUUAUCUGUUGUGACAGUUUGGCUGAGUGUCUGAGCAGCAGUGUGUUUUUGUUGCUGUGAGACAGUAACUGUUUUAACUUUUUAUUUACUUCCUUCACUGUAAAACAAACCUGAACCCCAACAGUUUGCAUGAACAAGCAUAACUGGACCCUCUUUCACAUCCUCUUCUUCAGUCUUUCAGCUCAGUUGAGGACACGGCCGUUCAUACAUUCUCUCAGUCCUUUUCCUCUUUUCCUGAGGUAAUGAGUCAGUCUUUCCGUGGAGUCAGUUCUCUCCUCUGCGUUUGACCACAGUGCUGCUUUGGGGCAUCACUCUUCAGCCAGCUUUUUUUCCUCAAAAGUAUCGGGGUUAUGAAGAGCUGGCUGUCUAUCCUCUGAGUCAUGACCGUGGUAACCUUUUCUACGUAGCCAGAGCAUGCACGAGUGAUUGGCAUUUACUCACCCACAUUACUUCUGUGUUUAUUUUUAAUUUGCGGUGCAUAAAAAAAGGUGUGCCAGAUAUUUCCACCCACUAUCUAAAGCCAGUGGAUGCCUGUAGUGUUUUGUAAAUAGUUUGGUUCUAGUUUCCAUUUCAUCUUAACGUACGAUGAAUUAUUAUCCACUGGUGCUGAUGAGCAGCACAGGAAGGAUGUGAUCUCUUCUUUUCUCUCAGAAACGACAGGCUGCAGGUGCUGAUUACAGGACUGUUUCAAAGAGUUAGAAAAGUCAAGCUGUGAUGGUGUAAAAGGUGUUGGUAUGGUGAGGUGACAAGUCUUUAUAGUAGCCAUCAGCAGAUAGAAGCUUGAUCGAACAACAGAAGAUAUCUCUAAUCACAGAAACCGGAUCAGUAAAUGUCCUCUGUUUUGAAACAUGUUGAUCUGACUGUGAACAUAAGACCUGUGGGACCUGUAAGGGGUCUGUUAACAUGUCUGCUGACUCUGGUCCUCACUUAGGUGGAGGUGGCCCAGCCUCCGUCCAUGAUGGAGAAACAGAUGAAGGCGUCCAAAUCCAAGUCAGAGAAGAAGGCGAAGGAAACAACAGAGAGUCCGGCAGCAGAGAGUGCUCCCGUUCCACCUGUACAGAGUCUGGAGGGUCAGUGCGUGAGAGAGAUGAUACAUCUGCUUUCUGCAUGUCUAACUGUAUGUUUUAUACCUGAAGAGGUCAUCAGGGGGCAGCAGUGUGUCAUUAAUCUGCACAUGCCGAUUUUCCAACACUGUCUCAUCAUUCCUCUAACAUUCACCAUGUGCUCCUUCAUAAACUCACAGACUGUUGUAGAUAUGAGAGGUGUGUGUCUGUGUCAGCACAUUCACACAGGUCAGUACCACUCAGACAGUCCAGGAGAACAGAGUGAAGAGAUGUUAGUUCAUGGUCACUCACUUUAGUUUGAAACAGAAACUCUUCUGUUUGAGCAGCAUCAGUGGUCAGCUAGAUGCGGUUUCAGUGAGCUGAACUGGUCACACUGAAGGAUCUGAGUGCACCAGCUGGGUGUAACACGACGUCUGAUCUACAGCUGAAAGUAACCACAAACUAAAGGUCCUGGUUUGUGCGCCAGAUAGACUGAUUAUAAUCUGAAUCGAAUGUGCAGGGAUAAUGAGCCACCCAGAAGCAUUUGUGGUAUCCUAAUAUGCUUGUUAUGAUCCAGAAAGACACAAAAAGAUGGUGAUGGUUAUGUUAUACACAGCAGAGGGAACAGUGGUUGAAGUGGGAUGGUUGAAUAAUUGAUGUUGAGAUUCAAACAGCGUAUGAAAUGAUAGUUAAAAAUAAAAACAAUUAGUAAGAGAUAAACACAGAUUAAGUGACAGUAUGAGGAGGUAGAAAUUUGUUUCAUAGUUAUUUAUUUUCCACCUGUAAAUUGAUUGUAGUUAACUCUAACAGAAACACAACAGUGGCAUGUUUUGUUUACAGGAUAACUAAUAUGAGGAAAUUAAAAUGAGAGGCAGCUUUCGUUUAAAACAGACAGCAGCAUGACAAAGGUAUCGUGGAGAAGUUAGAGAAAAUUGAGGAGUAGCUCCUGAUGUGUCAUGAGACAUGUUAGUGUGUGACUGUAAAGAGGUCUAUCGUUAAUAAUGAUGAUUAUUAUUGUGCAAUACAAUUGUCCAGCAGUGUUUUUUAGUAAUAUUUAACCUUGGCAGACCACAAGUCUGAAACACAGCAACAACAGUUAAAGGCUAAACUGAUCCUAAUGUACACUUGAUGUGUAUGUGUGUGAGUUGUGAGGAUGUGUGUGUUAUAAUGUUGCUGUUGUUGUUUCCCUGCAGACAUCAGAGGGGGUAAGCUGUAUGUGAUCAGUAGCCUGCCCAUAGAGAGCUGUGACCCUGUUGUAUGAUGCUCAAUCACCAACAAGCUGUAGCACACACAAAGCUGCAAACACUAACAUUUAUUAUGAGUACUGCUACAAAGUUUGAUUUGCACAGAUGAUCUUUUAGAAAUCAUGUUUUUGCUCGUUCUUUAAGUUUCUUUCUUCGUAUCGCCCAAUAGCUGAAUCAGAAUAAAACAUUGAGGGGAAUCUGUAAAUAUUUUGGCUUUAAAAUUACUAAUGCAGGAUGCUAGAAUAUAAGAACAACUAAAGCACAGUGCAGUCUAACUGUUCAGGUUUUUUAGUCAUUCGUAUACAAAGUCCUUAAAAUAAUUGGUUCAUUUUUUUUUAUUUCUGUUACAUUUUCAGGAGUGACUACUAGAGUGUUUUGACAAAGACAAAAAAUGAGAAUACCAAAGUGAUGUGAUUCUUCCCCAUUCACCUGGAAACCCACAUUUUCGGACCUAGAGAGGGGUCCUUGAAGUAUACAUAACAAUGUAUUUUGAAUAGAGUGGUCAAUAGACUGCACAGUGAAAUGCAGAGAACUUCAGAACAGCUACUGGAUUAAAAUUCACAAGACUUUGAUUUCUUUGAGUUCAUGUUGCAAAACGUGAUGAACAAAUGGAAAGUCACCUGAAGAUACACUCUUCCAUAUAUGUUUUUUUUUUUUUCCACAUUUCUCAUUGAUAGCAUAAUAUCGAGCAGUGUUGUUGCACGACAUAACUUUUCACCUCCAGCAGGCCCAGAGUCAGAUUUGCUCGUAAAAGUCUAAACCAAACGUAGUUAAAAUUAAGAUCAAUUUAGUUUUGUAAGAAGAAAAUGGACUUAAAAUCACAGAUUAUUAGAGACGUGAUUGUUUAUUUUUAAAUGUAUGUUCAUCUACGCUCAACAUCAAUGUGGUUUGAUUUUCCUGUUUUGUUUUUUUUUUAUAUUGCAGCAAAUAUUAUGAAGAAAAAAUAUUGUAAUGUUAGUUUUUCAGCACUCUGCAGCCCUGUUUUUGACCCUGCCAGGCUUCUGUAGUGUUAGACUGUAGUUUGUAGUUGUUACACGUCUCUUUUUAAUGGGUUUGUUUAAACUCCUCUGAACUGUUAGCUAACUGUGUGUGUGUGUGUGUGUGUGUGUGUGUGUGUGUGUGUGUGUGUGUGUGUGUGUGUGUGUGUGUGUGUGUGUGUGUGUGUGUGUGUGUGUGUGUGUGUGUGUUUGUUUGUGUCGUCAGAGGCUUCAGCAGAGGCCACUCACAUCAUCUCAGCUAUCAGUGAGGUCCCAUCAGUCCCUGCUCCGUGUGACACAGAGGCAGUAACAGUCAAAGGUAAUACACAGGUGAACUCUCCUGUGGAUAUUUGACAUGAGUGUUUGUGUCUGUCAGCUGAAGGUCACAGAGUCAACACUCCUCUCACUGUCAGUGAUCAGCUGACCGUCUUUGUGAACUUUGGCUUCAUCUCUUUUUGUAAAACAAGUGUUUGGUUAUGAAAUGCUCCUUUUAAAAUUUUUAUCAACCAUCAAGAGUAAAUCUAAACUUCUGUCUGUGUGUUUGUGUUUUGUGCAGAGGAGUGUACAGAGUGCCAUCACCAUGACGACAGCGCAGCACCAGUAGCUGAGUCUCCUGUUACUGAACCUUUGAAGGAACGACCAGUAGAAGAAGUGUCUGCCAGACUGGCCAAGCAGGACCAGGAGGAGCAGGAUGUGAUCGCAGGUACACUCGGGACCAAAGACGCAGUUUCUGAUAUGAACUACACCAAACAACCUUUAAAACCCAUUUAAGUCAGUCAUGUAUGGAAACAAUUAUGUACUCCUGACAAUAAUUUUCAUAUCUGCUGAUAUGAUAACAAACGUUUUAAGCUAUUAUCUGCAGAUUUAGAUACUAAGCUGAUAAUAUUUUGCAGCCCCACUCACAGAGGUCUGUGUAGAGGACCAGAUAUGACUUAAUGGUGUAUCACUAACUCUUGGUUUUUAAUGUGGGCCUUCAAAGGGAGGUAUGUUUGAAAAGUCUAACCUGACUGCUCUUACACUCAGUGGAUUUUACUGAUGUUAUGCGAGUCUGCUGAGUGAGACCUGCGAUCUAACAAACUUGACCUACACUGGGUGAAAACUCUGGUAGAUGUGACAGCACUCAGGCUUUCAAAUGGGGAGGAGCUCAGGACGAGGCAGCCCUCAGCCACUGAGACUGACUUAAGAUCUGUGAACCCCUGUAAGGUUUUCUCAUCUGAACAUGUGGACUUGAUAUCAUUUUAAGGAAGAUUUUAAACCCCUUAUUUAGUUGUUUUUAGUCUGUAAAAUAAUCUCCUAGAAUCCUAAAAUGGGCCAUCAUAUCUAAUUCUGCUCUGUCUUCUAUUAUAAAUGUUAUUGUAGUCUCCACUGACUCAGCCUGUCAGUUUGUGAAUAAUAUGUACAGCACUGUGAACUACAAAAAAAGGCUCCUUAACCACAGAAGAAUAUUUAUCUGUGUAACUAUCAAAAUCAUGAAGUGUGAAUGGUCGUCUCUCAUCUUUAAGUCUCAUUAAAUUCAUGAAGCAGCAGAAAUCAGUCUGAAUCUUGGCAGCAGGCAAACUUAAAAUGCAUCGGUCUGAAAGCUGAAAUGAAAAGUUUUUCACAUUGACAGGCGCUCAGCUCACCCUCCUCUACCCUCAUGAAUCAUAAAUUUGAGUGAUAAUAUUUUUCAAUCCUGUAAAAACAGCUGCAGCUGCUGUCAUGCUGGUCGUUUGUUGUUAUGCAUGGCUGAGAGGUGUGUUACUUUGAAUGCAGUUGACACAAAGAAUUAUGGGUCAUUUUUCCUCCCCUCUUUGAUAAAGGUGAAAAUAAAGAAGCUCCACUCUAGAGACUCGGACAUCUCUAGGUUGUUUCCCUCAGUUUGGAUCCUUCCUAACCAACAGGGCCACUUCAGUGGAUUCAUAGUUUCCUUUUUAGCCUCACGACCCUCGUCUCAGAGUUUCAUCCUGACGAGUUCAUAAAGCAGAUUAUUUGAAAUCAGAGUCUGUGGAGGGAGAAUGAAGCUCCUCUCUUUUUGAUCUCUCCACUCUCUGUCUCCUGUUGUUGUUUCUGUAUCCUGUCUUUAUGUCACUCAUGUCUCCUGUGUCCCUUUCUCGUAGCGGUCUCUGUCAGUCUGGAGGAAUCUCUGGCGAGCUCGGCUAAAUCAACUUUGCAGGCAAUUGGAGCACAGGAGGCCGCCCUGCAGGCUGUCAUAAGACACACACUCAAACUGAAGGAGGCCAUGGAGGCAGAGGUACACACACACACACACACACACACACACACACUGAUACACACACACUGAUACACAAACCUGAGCUGGGCUGAUUCAUUUCUGUCAUUAUUACAGUUCAAUAGUUUUUUAAAACUCAAACACAAACUCACCUGCACUGUUUACCACUGAAAACUCAAACUGGUUGAGACUUGAUGAACAUGAGAGCAGGUGUACAGGUAUAGAAUAUGUAUCAGUCUAUCGAGUAGUGAUCAGGUGUUGUACCUGCAGGCUCCUCCUCAGGAGAAGUCGGCUCAGUGGAAAGAUCUGGAAACUUCCCUGGCUGAGAGAAACUCUGCAGUGAAUGACGCUGCAGCUGCUCUGACCAAAGCCAAGUAAGACACAUGCACAUGCACGCACAUACACACACACUCAUGUGUUUAGGCAAACGCAGAUUUAUAUUUUCUAUCCUGUUUUGAUAUAUCAUAACCCAAACACCUCAUUGUUUCCUCACAGUGUGGCGUUGGACAGCCUGAAGUCAGUGAUCGAUGAGUCCAAAGGGCUGAAGGUUUCGGCUGUCCGUCCUGUGGUUUUAGCUGCAGAGGAGAACCUCCAUAACAUGGUGGUGGACCUGGACAAAGCUGUUACCAAGGUAACCACAGCAUCACCAUCAAUGCUAUUAUCAUAAUUGGGAGUGUAUGAUAACAGUUGAUGAAGAUAAGAAUUUUCCACGAUCAGCAAACACAGGGAGAUGGUGGUAUCAGAAGAGUCAAGCUUUUGUGGCUUUACACUCAUGAAUGAACACAUAAAUGUCAUUUGUAUUUCAGAGCAGAGGUGACUCAAACAAGUGAACUGAACAUUUAAAUGAAUCCAGUAUGACAACACUACAAUCUGGAAUAAAUAGGAUAAAUAACAAAGACAGAUUAAAACAGAUCAUACUGUCCUUUACUUUUUCUUUUGAUUAGACAGAUUUCAAGAUUUGAUCCAGUCUGACUGUUUAAGCCUGAUCAGAUUACCUUGGAUCUGGAUCUGAUUACUUUAAGGGCCAAGAGGAUAAUUCUUCAUUAUUGUUAUUCAUUCUGUGUGGACUGAUCAAUGACUGUGUGUGUGUGUGUGUGUGUGUGUGUCUCUCUCUCUCUUUCUAUUUCUCUUUCUGUAGGUGCAGACGGCAGAGUCCGAGGCUAAAAUCGUCUCUCAGUACAGUGAGCUGGUGAAUGAAGCUAAACUUCAGUUCCAGAAAGAAGUGAGCAGUCUGACCCCGGAGAUCCAGGCCAACUGGAAGUCCCUGAGUAAGACCUGGAAAAAAACCUCACAGUUUAAUAUGAUACUAAUUCAAUAUUGAUUGAUAUGUUUUGAAAUGGAGUCUAUAAUUAGCAUAGAUGACAGAAAUAGUCUUACAACUCUGAGCAUGUUGGCAGCAUGGUCAGGGGCGAGUGAAGUACAGGUUCUUUGUCGUUUAACAACCAUCUGUUUAUAACUUCUGUCAAUGACAGGAUUCCAGUGGACCCUUAGAAAUUCCUAAAAAACCUUUCAUUAAAGAUGGUUUGGACAGUCUUAUUUUCACUUUUUAGAGGACUCAGAUAGCAUGUGACUGCAUUGAUUCUGGGGUGUCAUGAUUUUAAGUUAUGACAUCCUGCAAUCUAUGUGUGUAAAGCUUUCCUCUUGAAUGGGAUCAUCACUGGGAUUUUUGCUGCAUCACGAUUGGCCUAGUCAUGAUUUUAGACAACUGUCUUUACUUCGGUGAAAGUAAAGUUCUUGUAAAUUACCAUUAUUCUGCCGUAAAAUAAUGGGAUUCAUUUUUGAGAGGUCCUUAAAAGUCUUAGAUUUUAAUUUAAAAAAUGUGUAAUCUAUAACCCUGAAUGAGUCUGCUGUAUUUCUUCCUGUAUUUCUUGGGUGCAGAGUUCUAGUUUGGUAUUACAUAGCAUGGUACUUUACAUAAAUAAUACUUUACAUACAUAAUAUGGUUCUGUGUUUUUGUGUGUGUUUGUAUCAGCUGGUAAACUGUCUCCAGAUGACCUGAAUGCUCUGAUUGCUCAUGCUCACCGUCGGAUUGACCAGCUGAACAGAGAGCUGGCAGAGCAGAGGGUCAGAGAGCAGAUCCACAUCGAUGCUGCGCUGGAGCAGCAGAAACUGGAGGACCAGAAAGCUCUGGAGAAAGCUGUCAGCACAUCACUGCAGCAUGUCAAAGAGGAAGCGCGUCUGGAGCAGGAGAGGAAGGUAAAUCCUAAACCUGUGAGAUUUGAGGGAAUAAAACCUUUAAAUAAGAUCAGAUAAACCUGCAGUGUUAACAGCAGCAAAGAAUCAGCAUAGAACACAUAAACCUGCUACAGGUCACAGAGUGUCGCUGAAAACCUGUGUUUAUGUGUGUGUGUGCAGCUGACUGAGCUCAGGGAGGUGAUGGAGGCUGAGAUGAGAACUCAGCUGAGGCGUCAGGCUGCAGCUCACACAGACCAUGUACAGGAUGUCCUCAAAGUCCAGGAGGCAGAGCUGAGGUCAGAAGCAGACCAGGUAAGUCUGCACAGAUGUGACAGAUGAGAGAAUGCAACAGAAGGUUAGCCCGUCUUCAACAUGCUCUGUGUUGUGUUCAGGUACUGAGCAGUCUUGAAUGUCUUCUGUGUUGCCUUCAGGUGCUGGGCAGUAAGCUGUUGGAGCAGGAGACUCGUUACCGUCAGCUGAGUCAGGAGCAGCUGGACAACUUCACUCUGGAUAUGAACUCCGCAUACGCACGACUGAAGGGCAUGGAGGAGGCUAUAGACAGUAAGACGCACACAUGCGCACAAUCACAAACACACACACACACACACACACACACACACACACACACACACACACACACACACACACACACACACACACACACACACACACACACACAGUGAACAGAGGAGUGAUUAGUAGUGUGCUAAAGUCCCCAUGGACAGGGCAGUCUCCCAGGUGGCACCCUGGUUAAAGGAAUUUUAGUUGAAAACCACUUUAAUGUCAUAUGAUCCUGAGACUCCUCAUGUGACCUCUUCCUGUGUUUGAUUUUAGGUCAUGUGAUCGCUGAAGAAGAGGCUCGUAAAGCUCACCAGCUGUGGCUCUCUGUGGAGGCCCUCAGCUACACUCUGAAGACGGCGGACACCAACGCCCCCUCUGUGCCUCUAGAGGUCGCUGCUCAGGCCGUGAGGGACAACUGCAGCGACAACGACUUCGCCCUGGCUCUGUCAUCAGCGUUCCCUCAGGAAUCCCUGCAGCGCGGCGUCUACAGUGAGGCCUCGCUCCGCGCUCGCUUCAACUCCCUCAGAUCGCUGGCUCGCCGCGUCGCGCUCAUUGACGAAUCACAUAACUCCUUGUACCAGUACUUCCUGUCCUACCUGCAGGCCGCACUGCUGUUUGAGAACAAACAUGAAGCCCCGCCCACCCAGCUAAGCAGCGAGGACUUAGACCCGUUCAAGUUGCUGUCAUACGCUAGCUACUGCUUAGAGCACGGAGAUCUGGAGCUGGCUGCCAAACUGGUGAACCAGCUGAGGGGGGAGGCUCGGCGGGUGGUGGAGGACUGGCUGACGGAGGCCAGACUCACCCUGGAGACCCGACAGGUCAUCAACCUGCUGUCUGCUUACGCCAACGCUGUGGGCUUAGGAACCACGCAGGCGCCAUGAGACAUCACCGAGAUUAACUUUAAAGGAAGAAUCCACUGAACGGCUGUGUGGUGUUAGACUGUCGCCCCCUGCAGGAGAGAGAGGGAGAGAGAGUCCGACACUCAGAGCAGGAGUCAGUGGGUGGUUCCUUUAAUGACACACCUGAUGGAUGUAAUGAUGCAACAGAGUCUCUUAUUUUAAAGCACUAUGUCACUGAGGACGAGUCUGUACCUUGUCAUGAAGAAGCUCUUGGUGUAGUCGUCUAAUUCAGGCCACAGCUUCAUUCAGGUAUUUAUUUGUGUUCAUAAAUCUAACAAGCACUCGUCCUGCUGCAUUUUAUCAUUGUCAAAACUGCACAUGUUCCAAUAAACCAUGAAAGAGAGAGCUGUCUGCUGACUU